CUCUCUCUCUCUCUCUCUCUCUCUCUCUCUCUCUCUCUCUCUCUCUCUCUCUCUCUCUGUUGUUGUGCUCUUCUUCCUCUCCUUCUCCUUCUCCUUUAUAUUCUUGUUGAGUUAGAGAGGUUGUGCUAGCGAGAACGUGCCCGUCGAGAAGAUGUCAAGCUUUAGGAAACCCUUUGGCUUAUCUUCUCCUUUAUAUGCGGUUAUCUUGGUCUCCCUUGCCCUCGUUGCUCGCGGGAGGCUCGCCUCCUCGGCACGGCCCAGGCCCCGGCCGCCCCUGCCGGCAUUCAUUGCGUUUGGCGACUCCAUCAUCGACCCCGGGAACAACAACAACAUACAGACGAUAGUCAAGUGCAACUUCUCGCCGUACGGGCGGGAUUUCAUGGGGGGGAAACCGUCCGGGAGGUUCUCCAACGGGAAGAUCCCGCCGGACCUGUUCGUCGAAGCAUUUGGAAUUAAACAGUACUUGCCUGCUUAUUUGGACCCGAGUCUCAAAUUAGAAGACCUCCUCACCGGCGUCAGCUUCGCUUCCGGCGCCACCGGUUACGAUCCUCUCACUCCACAAAUCGCCUCGGCCUUGUCGCUAUCGGAUCAACUAAACUUGUUCAAGGAGUACGUGAACAAGAUAAAAUCAGGUGCCGGAGAAGAGAAGGCGUCGUACAUCGUCAAGAAUAGCCUCUACACGGUGGUGUGCGGGAGCGAUGACAUCGCAAACACUUACUACUCGACUCCAUUCAGGCGAGGGGAAUACGACAUACCGGCCUACACCGAUCUGAUGCUCAACUCGGCUUCAAGUUUCAUUCAGGAGCUCUAUGGAUUAGGAGCAAGAAAAAUUGGCAUCCUGAGCAUACCACCGAUCGGAUGUGUGCCUGCACAGAGAACGCUUGAUGGAGGAUUAGAAAGAGCCUGUAAUGCGCCUGCCAAUCAAGCAGCAACCCUCUUCAACUCCAAGCUCAUCUCAGAAAUCGAAUCCCUCAAACAGAAGCUCCCUGGCUCUAAACUAGUCUAUUUGGACAUCUACCAUAAAUUGCUUUCCGUCAUCCAAAACCCUUCGCACUACGGAUUUGAAGUGGCGAAUAGAGGGUGCUGCGGCACGGGGAACAUAGAAGUGAGCAUACUGUGCAACCGUCUGGACGAUCUCGAGACAUGCCAAGAUGACUCGAAGUACGUCUUCUGGGACAGUUACCAUCCGACUGAAAAUACCUAUAAGAUCCUAACGGAUCACGUGAUCGACAAUUAUGCCGACCAGCUUUUAUGAGACCGCUCGGAUUUAUUAGUUGUUUACGGGUGAAUUGGAUUAGACAGUACACCUCGAAGUUUCCAUAAGGCCCCCCUGCUUCUUGUUGCAGAUUGAAGUUUCCAUAAGGUCCCCGGCCUCCUGUUAUGGAUUGUAACAGAGGCAGUAGAAUAUCGCACCUGUCUUCCAGCCAUCUUAUUUAUUUUGUUCGGCUCAACAAAAGUGUGAAACAUUGAACUCUUCAUUCAAAAUACUUUCAUUAUCGGAAAUAUGAUGGUACUUAAGCGAAUGUCUCCUUACCUUCAUGCUGCGGGUAAGUUGGGUACCUUGAAACUUUAGAGAAUGUCUGAGAUACUAUCUUAAGGUAUUCCAUCAAUUACUCCUCACAUGGUGGUCCUGCAGCUAAAAUAACAAUAAUUCAUUGUCCAAAACAGAAGAAAAAGAAGAGCAAAGCACAAAAAGCCUGCUCAAUAUUGUGAUUGAGACUAGGUGUAAAGAGAUGUAACAAGCUUUUCCAACCUGCCUGUAUCUCCCUUUGUCCUUUGGUAGUUCUACCGGUAAGCAGCUGCUUUUGUUGGAUCCUUCCUCAUCGCAACUAACGAGACCCGGUCCUCAGUGAGCAUCUGGCGCUAUGGGUACCCUUAUAUUGGUGUCAUGAUCUCUAAUUACAAUCAUCAUCAUUGUGUCAUCUUAACUCCAGUUCUGAUUUUGCUUUAUCUAUUGUGAGACUCCACUUAGGAAACAAAAACAGAAAACCUGUCUUAACGGGCAGUUAUAUUUCUCGCUUUGCAAUUCCUUGGCAAGGCUUGCAUAUGUCUGUGCUCCUCUCAUGUUCUUGUCUUUUGCUAGUUAUUCCUGCAGAAUUGGAUGAGCUUUUCUGAUA